AUGUCUCAUAGCGUCGGCAAAAGCCCAAUAAAGUUUGAAAAAAAUACAGUUAUAACCGUUUUUGGAGCUAGUGGUGAUUUAAGUAAAAAAAAGACUUUUCCUGCCCUAUUUGGAUUGUACAGAGAGGGCUACUUGGAUGAAUCUACAAAAAUAUUUGGUUAUGCUCGUUCUAAAUUGGAUGAUGAAAGCCUAAGAUCUAGAAUAAAGCCAUUUCUCAAAAAAAUUCAUGGGGAUAAGGAUAAUGAAAAAGUUGAAAAGUUUUUGUCCAAGAUCUCCUAUGUUUCUGGUCAAUAUGAUUCAGACGAGGGCUAUCAAUCUUUAAAGGGUGAAAUCGAAAAAUUUGAAAAAGGGGCCCAACAACCGCACCGUGUUUAUUACUUGGCAUUGCCACCAAGUGUUUUCAUUACUGUUGCUUCUAGAAUCAAAAAGAAUAUAUAUCCAGAGAAUGGUGUUUGUAGAAUUGUUGUUGAAAAACCAUUUGGCCAUGAUUUGGAAUCUGCUAGGGAAUUGCAAGAGGAAUUGGCUCCUUUGUUCCCAGAAGAUGAGAUUUUUAGAAUCGAUCAUUAUUUAGGUAAAGAAAUGGUUAAAAAUUUGUUAGUGUUCAGAUUUGGGAAUACUGUUUUUAACGCUGGGUGGAAUAGAGAAAAUAUCAAAUGCAUUCAAUUAACUUUUAAGGAACCAUUCGGUACUGAAGGUCGUGGUGGUUAUUUUGACAAAAUAGGCAUUAUUAGAGAUGUUAUGCAGAAUCAUUUGUUGCAAAUAUUGACGCUAUUGACAAUGGAAAGACCUGUUUCCUUUGAUCCAGAAAGCGUUCGUGAUGAAAAGGUAAAGGUUUUAAAGGCUUUUGCCCCUAUAAAUCAAAAAGAUAUAAUAAUAGGUCAAUAUGGUCGUUCUUUGGACGGCACCAAACCAAGUUAUUUAGAUGAUGAAACCGUUAGUGAAGGUUCCAAGUGUAUAACUUUUGCUGCUUUAACUUUUAAUAUCCAAAAUGAACGCUGGGAUGGUGUUCCUAUAAUUAUGAAGGCAGGUAAAGCUCUGAAUGAGGGUAAAGUGGAGAUUAGAAUACAGUUCAAAGCAGUUCCAUCCGGUGUUUUCAAUGAUAUUCCAAGCAAUGAAUUGGUUAUUAGAGUUCAACCCGACGAAGCCAUUUACUUGAAAUGUAACAUGAAAACACCAGGUUUUUCAAACUCCACCCAAAUUACUGAUUUGGAUUUGACCUAUGCCAGAAGAUAUCAAGACUUUUGGAUUCCAGAAGCUUAUGAAUCUUUAAUCAGAGACGUUCUAUUGGAUGAUCACUCAAACUUUGUUAGAGAUGACGAAUUGGAAGUUAGUUGGGCAUUGUUUACACCUUUAUUGAAUUAUUUGGAAAAUCCAAAUGGUCCUGCUCCUGAGAUAUAUCCAUACGGGACUAGAGGCCCUUCAGGCUUGUCAAAGUAUUUGUCUAAGCAUGGUUAUAUCUUUGAAAAAAGACAGGAUUACCAGUGGCCUGUCACUAGACCAUCAAAGAUUUGA